UAAGCAGUUCUGUUAAAAAUGGAGACAAUAUCGCACGUCGUCAAAGUUUCUCUGCCAAAUUAUUUAUCUGGAUUACCAAUUCCUAAUUCAAUUGGCGGAUGGUUUAAACUUGGAGUUAAAGACUGGUUGGCUUUAAUCCCACCAACAGCUUUAGUAGCAGGACUAGGAUACAUGUCCUAUCAAGCCUGGUGUCCUGAAGCAAAAAAGUCAAUUAAAGCUUGUGUCAAUCAUAAAAUAAAGAAGGACGUCAGUAAAGUAGUCGAUACUAUUGAUGUUGAAGAUAUAACUGAAAAAGCAGUUUUCUGUCGUUGCUGGCGAAGUGAAAACUGGCCUUAUUGUGAUGGAGCACAUGGCAAACACAAUGAAGCUACAUGCGACAACGUCGGACCACUUAUCGUGACCAAAAAGAAAUAAGCUAAAAAGAAUCUAUCAAAAAAUACGUAUCAAUAAAUCAAUUGCUGCAUUUUUUGACAAUA